UUGUCUUUUUCAGAGGGCAUUGUUUCGUAUAGCAUACCCAAGGGCGUACAACGUGGCAUGGAAGUCGAUUUAUCGGACAAAACCUAUGAUGGCACUGAACAGGGUGAUCGUUAUGUUGAUGGACUGGGUCAAUUGGUCGAUGGCCAAAAGGGCAAGGAUAAUUUCCGCACCGAUAUUCAUGGUUUCGGUAAAGGCUAUGAAUGGAUCGGCUGGCGCAAUGAUACCCCUGGUCUAAUGGGCAAACCUGUUGAAAUUGUUUUCGAAUUCGAUACCGUGCGUAACUUCAGCGCCAUUAUUUUACAUACAAACAAUAUGUUUACCAAGGAUGUUCAGGUCUUUGUCCAUGCUAAAGUCUUCUUUAGCAUUGGUGGUAGACACUUUUCCGGUGAACCUGUCCAUUUCUCCUAUAUGCCCGAUACGAUAAUGGAUCAUGCCCGUGAUGUCACCAUAAAGCUUCAUCAUCGUGUUGGCAAAUAUUUGAAAAUCAAUUUAUAUUUUGCUGUUAAAUGGAUAAUGCUAUCGGAAAUAUCCUUUGUGUCAGUACCAGCCGUGGGAAAUUUCACAGACGAACAGGAGCAACGUGGCGCCUUAUUGCCACAGGAUACCCGUGAAUAUCCUUUACAAAGUAAUGAAUAUCAUCAUAAUAAUAAAAAUGGUGGUAAAAUGCCAACAACAAAUCUUAAUGGCGAACGCAACUAUAAUAAUGGACCACAAUUAAUUGCACCCAAACCCAUCGAUCAAGAACCCUCCGAUGAGAAUUUUAUUGGCGUUGUUAUUGUCGUCUUAACUACCAUCAUUAUCCUGCUGGUCGCAAUCAUAUUAUUUAUUGUAUCCCGAACGAAGAGGGCACGUGGUAGCAAUGUUUUGGAUGCAUUCCAAUAUAGUUUUAAUCCAAAUACAUUGGGUGGCAAUGUUGAUAAGCAUCGACCAAAUGGCACAGGAAUUAAAGCCAGCGUUGAUGACAAUGACUCAAUUGGCAAGAAUAGCCUCUACCACGAACCCUUUAAUGUAAAUAUGUACACGAGCGGAGUAAAUGGCUAUGCGGCUGUUAAUGAUUUACAAUGUAAUAUGACGCCAGACUAUACAGAUGUUCCUGAAGGAGGUUAUGCUGUACCGCACAUGCAGGAUUAUAUGCCCUCGAAAAUGUCCAAUUCCACACCGGGCGGUUAUGUUAAUGUCCGCCGUACCCCACCACCCCCACUGAGCAGUAUAUUCCCUAGGCCGCCACAGGUGCCACCGCCACCAAUGGAAAAAUAUUAUGCCACAACGGCCAUAUUUAAGCCCAUUAAAGGUCACAGCGGUAGCAAUACGAUGAGCAGUAAGGCCAGCAGUAAUCUGAGUAAUGAGCAUAACUACGAUGACAAUAUGGGCACAAUGAAUUCCCAGUCAACGGCACCCAUGAUCAAUCCAUAUAAUACGGCGACGGUUGGCGGUGGUGGUAAUGGAGUGGGCGUUUCUGGAGGUAACAAUAUCAACAAUGCUGAGACAAUGCAAUUCCAAAGGGCCAGAACCUAUAAUUUCCGCAGCUAUCCAGAUAAUCUUUAGUUUGAGACCCAACAGAAGGCCAUGCAGUAUAAUAGCAUGGCCAAUAGUAGUAGUACAGCAACAAAUAA